AUGUUUGUGGUCGUACAGGAUGAGCUCCCUGACGCUGACACCCUGCGUAUUCUGAUCCUUACUGACACCCAUGUCGGCUUCAAUGAGAAAGACAAGGUUCGUGGGAAAGACUCCUUGGAGACGCUUGAGGAAGCGCUGCAGAUCGGCAAGAAUGGCCGAGCAGAUCUCGUUUUGCACGGUGGGGACCUGUUCCAUGAGAACAAGCCAUCCAGGGGAUGUCUCUUCAGAACCAUGAACCUUCUGAAACAGUACACGAUGGGUUCUGGAGAGGUGGCCUUCGAGGUGGUCAGCGAUCUGGCCUGCUUCGGCACCGGCCAGGUCAACUACAAGGACCCCAACUUGAACAUCGAGUGCCCCUUCUUCAUGAUUCAUGGGAAUCAUGACGACCCUGGCGGUGAGAGUAACCUCUGUGCAGCGAACAUCUUGGAGGUGGGCGGCUUGUGCAACUACUUCGGCCGCCAUGAGGACCUCGAGGACAUCGUCAUCCGGCCAAUCUUGCUGGUCAAGGGCAAGACCAGAGUGGCGAUCUACGGCCUUGGCAACAUCCGGGAUGAACGGCUGCAUCGGGCUUUCCAGGCGAAAAAGGUCCGCUUCGAGACUCCUGUGGACACCGAGAAGUGGUUCCACGUGAUGAUCCUGCACCAGAACAGGCACAAGGGAAACAAAGGUGCAGUUCCCAGCAAGGCGUGCAUCCAUGAGGAGAUGCUCCCUUCCUUCUUGGAUCUGGUCAUCUGGGGCCACGAACACGACUGCCAGGUGAAGCCGCAGGAGUCGCUGCGUGGAGAGUUCUAUGUGAUGCAGCCCGGCUCUUCUGUCGCCACGUCGCUGUCUCCACAAGAAGCAGGGCUGAAGCACGUCGCCUUGAUUGAUGUCAAGGAGGGUGCAAUCCAGUACCUCUUUGGACAGUGUGAUGCGAGACAUCGCUGCUCUGACUGGUCUUUGGCAGUGGUUCACUGCUCCGCAGGGCAGAGCUGCAACUGCCAGGUGCUCUCCGAGACAGGAGACUACACCUGCGAUGCCGCAGUCGCCAUCGCCGCUGCAACGGCGAUGCUGCAACGGCACCUGUUCUGUCGCGUCGGAGACAUCGGAGUCAUCCGUUGGUCCGAUGUUCCGCCGGUCUCAGCGUUGUGUGGGAGUGCAAAGUGCAGGACCAAGGAAGUUGAAAACAUCAUCCUCGGGGAGCGUGCUGUUGCUGCGGCCACUGGAGUGGUCGACGAAGCCCUUUGCGAUGGGUGGCACCUGUUCGGAGACAUGACAUGGUGCCGUCGUGCGCUGACCGGCUCGGUGGGGAACCAACAGCCAGACGGCAAGGUGAUUGGCUUGUCCUAUGGCAUCGAGGAAAGAGACCUCUGGAGUGAGCUGGUCAGCAACGUCUACAAGGUUCCUCCACGACUUUACGAUUGUUUCCAAAAUCCCAAGGCUUCGCCACCCCUGCUGGGCACUGCCCCAAACGGCACCGGCUCUUGUCAGGGAGUUGGUGGCCACUGUUAUGAGACGCCUUACCAAGCUUUCCAGAUUUGCCUGGGUCCAGAGAAGGCAAGCCACGGAGGGCGGAACUACGAGCCCUUGGAGCUGCACUUGAGAGAUCGCCAUGCUCUGUCCGUGCACGUAAAGAUCGACGUGGAAGGCUCGGAGUGGGAGAUUCUGGAGUGGCUGUUGGCGAACCCACGAGAGAUGGACAAAAUCCGCACCCUAGACAUGGAGGUGCAUCUGGGUUGGAACGUGGAGUCCUCCCGUGGGUUGGCACGCACCAAGCUCUCUCCGCAGGGCCGCGUGGCCAAGGACAUCGAAACGUUGGAGCAUCUGGGCAAAUACUUGCUGUGCACUGGAUCCUCUAUGGAGGUUCUCGCAGAGGAGUGGGUGAAGUGGCCCCACGGCGGGAAUUGCAAAAACUGUCCAGAGCCGUUGGCCCAUGCUGCCGGGGGCUUCCCCGUCAUCCAGUUCGCGAUCAGCUUUGUUCAUCCAGCAUUGCUUGGAAAGCCAGUUCCCAAGACUCCCUUCGAGCAGGAGAUUCCCAGCCGCAGCAUCCCGGUGCAGUGGCCCAGCCUCAGCCCCUGUGAAAAGACUUACACGGCCCUCAGCUCACGACCGGGUCGGCCGUGUUUACCGAAUCCGGAACCUUGGCCAUACGUCAAGCGCAGCGAGAAGCUCAUCAAGCUGGGUGAGCGUGCUGUCAAGGCGGCAACAGGUGUCGUGCAGGAGGAACUCUGCGGAGGAUGGUACAUGUUCGGAGACAUGACCUGGUGUUUGAAAGCCAUCCAGAGCAAAUGGGGCACUGAACAGGAGGAUGGCGGCGUGAUCGGCCUGUCAUACGGCAUUGAGCAGCGGGAUCUGUGGAGUGAGAAGAUGAGCAACCUCUACAGGGUGCCAACGCGCCUCUACGACUGCUUCCAGCGGCCAGAUGACUCCCCGGCGCUGGGGGGCAAAGCACCGAACGCAACCGGCAAGUGCGCUGAAGAUGGAAAUCACUGCUACGAAACCCCCUACCAGGUAUUUCAGAUCUGCUCCGGGCCAGAGACCGGCACAAUUCAUAGCAGAAGGUACGAGUCGCUCGAGUCCCACUUACAGGAUCGCAAGCGUCUCUCCGUCCAUCUGAAGAUUGACACCGAAGGUUCGGAGUGGGAAGUACUGGCCUGGCUACUCAGUUCGCCACAGGACAUGAACAAAAUUCGCACUUUGGAUAUGGAAGUGCACUUGGGCUGGGUGGCCGACUCUGCUCAAAGCAGCGCUCGAGCUUCGAUGUCCUCCACAGCCCGUGUGGACUACGACAUCAAACUGCUCGAGGACCUUGGAAAGUUCUUCCGCUGCACCGGAUCAUCGAUGGAAGUCUUGGCUGAGGGAUGGGGCAAUGAUGGUCGUGGAGCGAAAUGUGGGGGCGUGUGCCAGGAGCCUGCAGCAUACGCUGCGGGAGGUUUCCCGGUCAGUCAGUUUGCCAUCAGCUUCGUCCAUCCGGAUCUGGUGCUGUGA